AUGCUGGUCAAUCCUCUGCUUCAGUUUGUAUCGUUUCCAUCUGUCCGCUCACCCAGCGCGCUGCGCCCACCACCUCUUAUCUCCUCGUCUCUAUGUGUCUUUUCCCUUCCCUCCCUCUCCCCCCACUCCCCCCCUUUUCCCUACUUCCCAGGGUUUGUCGCCGAGGCAGGGCUGCCAGCAGUGGGAGCAUCGGCAUGGAAAAGGGAGCAGCGAGUGCCACACCUGCCUCGAAUCAUCUCUGCAGCAACCUCGUCAGAAGCUAAGUGUUCUUCCUCCAAGGUCCUCACUCCUCCUGUCUGUUCAGCUCUGUCUCACAUGCUCAUGCCGCCGUCUCUGCUCUCGCUGCAAGGGGACACGCCGAGGGAGUUAGUUGGCGGCAUGGGCAAGGGAGCAGCGAGUUCCUCACUCACGCCACCUGCCUCACGUCUGCACCAACCUCGCCCGAAGCUAAGUGCCCUACCCUCAGGUUCUCACCUUCUCUCCUUCGAGUUCCGUUCUGUCUGCAUGCUCAUGCCACCGUCUCUGCUCUCGCUGCAAGGGGACACGCAGAGGGAGUCAACCACCUUCCCAGCGGAGCUCUCACCAUCCACUAUCGUCUUCCCUGGUCAAAUGCUGCUUCCUUCCCUUCUGCAUCUUGCUUCCUUGCACUCACUUCGUCCAUAUCUGCCCUCCUCCUCCCUCCCUCCAGGUCACUUGGCAGCAUGGGGAGGGGAGGCAUGGGGAAGGAGGCAGGGGCGGCAGCAGAGGUUGCAAGUGGGAUGCUGGGAGCAGCGAGCGCCUCACUCACGCCACCUGCCUCGAAUCGUCACUGCAGCAACCCAUUCCGAAGCUAAGUGCUCCACCCUCCCUUUCCCUUCUGCGUGUCCUUACAUCAUGUUUUGUCUAUCUUGCAUUCUCAUGCACCCACCGCUGCUCUUGCUGCAAGAGGACACCCCCAGGGAGUCAACCACUUCCCCUGAUAGGUGGAGGGGAGGGGCGUGGGGGUCAACACCGCCACUCCCUCGCGCUCCUCCCCUUGUGGCCGUGCAGGUGGCAGUGGUGGGAGGAGGGGAGGGGGGCAGCACGCCGGCUGAGAAGAGAUGGGCGAGUAUCGGGAUUGGGUCGGCCAAACAAGGCGCCAAGGGGGCAGCAGGAGGGCAGGAGGAGGGAGGGCAGCAGAAGGGAGGGCAGGACGAGGGAGUGCAGGAGGAGGGAGGACAGGAGGAGGGAGGACAGGAGGAGGGAGGACAGGAGGAGGGAGGGCAGGAGGAGGGAGGGCAGGAGGAGGGAGGACAGGAGGAGGGAGGGCAGGAGGAGGGAGGGCAGGAGGAGGGAGGACAGGAGGAAGGAGGGCAGGAGGAGGGAGGGCAGUUAAGCCCUUCAGGUUCACUAAGGGGUCUGCGGCUUGUGGAUGUGCCUCCUCCAGUGGCGCCCACCUUUUCUCUUCUUGCAGUGGAGGGGGAGGGCGUGGGGGUCAACACCGCCACUCCCUCGCGCCCCUCCCCUUGUGGCCGUGCAGGUGGCAGUGGUGGGAGGGGAGGGGGGCACCACUCCACUCGGCUGGGAUGGGAUGGGAGAGUAUUGAGAUUGGGUCGACCGAACAAGGCUGAGGGUGGGAGCACUGGAGCAAGGGCUGUGGAGUGGAGUCCACCCUUCUCACUCACCUCCUCCUCUCCUCCCUUUUCCCUUCCCUCCCAGCAGCACCCUUCCAGGACCAUAGUGGAGUCCCGCCCUCCUAAAAAUCCACCUGUCCCCUCCUCUCCCUCCUUCCCAGCAGACUGCAUCAUGGUGCUCUGCAUGGCUCUGGUAGGUACAGGAAGUGGGCUGUCUGCUGCUCCUACAGCUGGCCGGUGGGAGGUGGUGGGUACUGGUGGAGACUGGGUGGUGGAGGUGAGAGGUAGAGGGGGUUGGAUGGUCAGUGCCUCCUCCACUCUACACGCCAUACGAGCUGCUGCUGGGAGUGCCGCCGAUGGGAGUCCUCUGCUGCUGGGGGGAUCACGAUGGGAGGAGCAGCGCCUUGCACCCGCCUUCUCCACUCUCCCGUUGUCCUCCUCUCCUCGCCACUCGUUCCUCUACUCCAGCUGCAGCAGCCCUCCCAAGGGGACCUCCCCAGUAACCCAUUUCCUUGUCGCAGGCCUAAGGAGUGCGGAGAGCGAUCGGAGGCUGUGGUGCUUCAGUGGUGGUAACAGAAAGGAGGCAAGCAUGGGAGCAACUCUCAAUGGAAUACAAGCAUUUGUGAGCCGUCUCAUUGUGGUGAGUGCCCGCCGCGCCCCCUUCUCCUGCACCCAUUUCCUUCCAAUCUUGCCAUUUUUUCUCUCCAUCUUCCUGCUGCCAUCAUCGCGCCACGUCCACUCUUCCGCUUCCUUACACACUCUACUCGUCUUUCAACUUUUGCUGCCCUCGUCCCUUCUGCCGCCCUCUUCUCUUCUGGGAGCAGCCAAGGAGCAGAGGCAACGCAAGAGAAGAGAGGCAGCCGGGACUUCAGGUCAAGGCAAUUCACCUGCGAUCAACAGCAGCGACAGCAGUAGUGGAGAUGACUCCUCAGGAGGCCAGGGAGGGACUACAGGCUCUAGAGGGAUGACGUCUAACCCCCCUGACCUCAAACCUGACCUCAAACCAAACCUCAAACCAGACCUCAAACCUGACCUCAAACCUGACGUCAAGCCUCAACUCAAACCUGACGUCAAGCCUCACCUCAAACCUGACGUCAAACCUGACAUCAAACCUGACCUCAAACCUGACUUCAAACCUGACCUCAAACCUGACCUCAAACCUGACGUCAAACCUGACAUCAAACCUGACCUCAAACCUGACCUCAAACCUUACCUCAAACCUGACUUCAAACCUGACCUCAAACCUGACCUCAAACCUGACCUCAAACCUGACCUCAAACCUGACUUCAAACCUGACGUCAAACCUGACCUCAAACCUGACAUCAAACCUGACGUCAAACCUGACAUCAAACCUGACGUCAAACCUGACGUCAAACCUGAUGUCAAGCCAGACCUCAAACCUGACCUCAAACCUGACCUCAAUCCUGACCUCAAACCUGACCUCAAACCUGACCUCAAACCUGACCUCAAACCUGACCUCAAACCUCACGUCAAGCCUCACCUCAAACCUGACGUCAAACCUGACAUCAAACCUGACCUCAAACCUGACGUCAAACCUGACCGCAAAACUUACCUCAAACCUGACCUCAAACCUGACCUCAAAUCUGACGUCAAACCUGACUUCAAACCUGACGUCAAACCUGACCUCAAACCUGACGUCAAACCUGACGUCAAACCUGACCUCAAACCUGACCUCAAACCUGACCUCAAACCUGACCUCAAACCUGACGUCAAACCAGACGUCAAACCAGACAUCAAACCAGACCUCAAACCUGACCUCAAACCUGACCUCAAACCUGACCUCAAACCUUACCUCAAACCUGACCUCAAACCUGACCUCAAACCUGUGAGAAUGGGGAGUAGGAGGGACCUCAAACCUGACGUCAAACCUGACAUCAAACCUGACGUCAAAUCUGACGUCAAACCUGACGUCAAUCUUGACCUCAAACCUGACGUCAAACCUGACGUCAAACCUGACGUUAAACCAGACCUCAAACCUGACCUCAAACCUGACCUCAAACCUGACCUCAAACCUGACUUCAAACCUGACCUCAAACCUGAUGUCAAACCUGACGUCAAACCUGACGUCAAACCUGACCUCCAACCUGACCUCCAACCUGACCUCAAACCUGACCUCAAACCUGACCUCAAACCUGACUUCAAACCUGACCUCAAACCUGACCUCAAACCUGACGUCAAACCUGACGUCAAACCUGACGUCAAACCUGACCUCAAACCUGACCUCAAACCUGACUUCAAACCUGACCUCAAACCUGACCUCAAACCUGACCUCAAACCUGACCUCAAACCUCACCUCAAACCUGACGUCAAACCUGACCUCAAACCUGACGUCAAACCUGACGUCAAACCUGACAUCAAACCUGACCUCAAACCUGACCUCAAACCUGACCUCAAACCUGACCUCAAACCUGACGUCAAACCUGACGUCAAACCUGACAUCAAACCUGACCUCAAACCUGAUGUCAAACCUGACAUCAAACCUGACCCUCACCUUAAACCUGACGUCAAACCUGACAUCAAACCUGACCUCAAACCUUACCUCAUACCUGACGGCAAACCUUACCUCAAACCUGACCUCAAACCUUACCUCAAACCUGACCUCAAACCUGACGUCAAACCUGACCUCAAACCUACCCUCAAACCUGACCUCAAACCUGACGUUAAACCUGACGUCGAAACUGACGACGAAACUGACUUCAAACCUGACCUAAAACCUGACAUCAAACCUGACGUCAAACGUGACGUCAAACCUCACCUCAAACCUUACCUCAAACCUGACGUCAAACCAGACCUCAAACCUGACCUCAAACCUAACGUCAAACCUGACCUCAAACCUGACCUCAAACCUGACCUCAAACCUAACGUCAAACCUGACCUCAAACCUGACGUCAAACCUGAUAUCAAACCUGACGUCAAAUCUGACCUCAAACCUGACCUCAAACCUGAUAUCAAACCUGAAGUCAAACCUGACCUCAAACCUGAUGUCAAACCUGACGUCGAACCUGACGACGAACCUGACGUCAAACCUGACGUCAAACUUGACAUCAAACCUGAGCUCAAACCUGACCUUCAACCUGACCUCAAACCUGACCUCAAACCUGACCUCAAACCUGACCUCAAACUUGACCUCAAACCUAACGUCAAACCUGACCUCAAACCUGACCUCAAACCUAACGUCAACCCUGACCUCAAACCUGACCUCAAACCUGAUAUCAAACCUGACGUCGAACCUGACCUCAAACCUGACCUCACACCUGAUACUAAACCUGACCUGAAACCUGACCUCAAACCUGACAUCAAACCUGACGUCAAACCUGACGUCAAACCUCACCUUAAACCUUACCUCAAACCUGACGUCAAACCAGACCUCAAACCUGACCUCAAACCUAACGUCAAACCUGACCUCAAACCUGACCUCAAACCUAACGUCAAACCUGACCUCAAACCUGACCUCAAACCUGAUAUCAAACCUGACGUCAAAUCUGACCUCAAACCUGAUAGCAAACCUGGAGUCAAACCUGACGUCAAACCAGACCUCAAACCUGAUAGCAAACCUGACGUCAAACCUAACAUCGAACCUGACGACGAACCUGACCUCAGACCUUACGUCAAACCUGACGUCAAACCUGACCUAAAACCUGACAUCAAACCUGACGUCAAACCUGACCUCAAACCUGACCUCAAACUUGACCUCAAACCUAACACCGCAAACCAGACCUCAAACCUGACCUUAAACCUGACCUCAAACCUGACGUCAGACCUGACCUUUGCUGCGCUCCUCUCUUCUGCUGCGCCCCUCGUUUCUGCUGCCCUCUGUUCUUCUGCUGCCCUUCUCUCUUCUGCUUUCCUCCUCUCUUCUGCUGUCCUCCUUUCUUCUGCUGUCCUUCUCUCUUCUGGUUUCCUCCUCUCUUCUGCUGCCCUUCUCUCUUCUGCUUUCCUCCUCUCUUCUCCUGCCCUUCUCUCUUCUGCUGUCCUCCUCUCUUCUGCUCCUAUUACAGCACCUGGGAAUGAUUGUCAAUGCAAUGACAGCAGGGACUGA